AUGACCUUCAAACAUAAGCCAAGUGCCACAUUUACUACCGGGAUGACUUUAACAAUUUUUUCCGGCAUUUUCCACAAUCCGUUGCUUCGUUUUAUUCUGUUCUACUCCCUCUUCUUUCUUUUCUUUUUCGAUAUUUUUUUUACUUUUGCCUUUAUUUUGACUUCUUUCUUUCUCCUUUUUCUUCUUCUUUCCAAACGCUCCUUGUCUCUGUUUCUCUCUCUCUCUCUCUCUCUCUCUCUCUUCGCUUUCCUCUCUUUCAUUCUCUUCUUCUUACGAUCUAGUCAUAUCUAUCUCAGUGUGUUCAUAUCUAUCUGUCUGUCUAAUCUAUCUAUCUAUCUAUAUCUUAAUCUGUUCUUAUCUAUCUAUCUCAAUCUUAUGUUCAUAAUCUAUCUGUCUAUCUAUCUAUCUAUCUAUCAUGCGCACACCAUUUCAUCCUUUCUUUAUUUUUUAUUAUUUCCUUUGACGACGCCCUUCUCUUGCUCUUUCUUUCUCUUUUUAUCUCUUUCUAUAACAUCAUUCAAUCAUUCUUUCUUUUCUUUUUUAUUUCUUUAUGCGAAUUCAUUCUUUUGUUCUUUCUCUUCCUUCUCAUUUCUUUCUAAGAAUUCAUUCUCACAUUCUUUCCAUUCUUUUUUUUUUAUUUCUUUCCUUAACUUCCAUUGCUCUUUCUUUCUCGAAAUUUUUACUUUUUUCUAA